CCUGGGGCGGGGAGGCGGGCCGCCAUCCGCGCCGCCGCCUCUCAGGCCCCGGCCGACUCACGUGACCGACGUGGGCUCUGGUGCCGCCCGCCGCACUGAAGAAGCGGCGGCAGCGGCGGUGGAAGCCGCGACCGCAGCCGACCCGUAGCGGCCUGGCGAAGAACGGGCCCACUGCCCUCUCGGACAGCCGCGGCGGGAGAGAAAAAUGGCGGAGGCCUCGGCGGCCGGGGCAGGCGCCGGCGCCGCUGUGACCGCGCACCGGUUUUUCUGCCACUUCUGCAAGGGCGAGGUCAGCCCCAAGCUACCGGAAUAUAUUUGUCCCAGAUGUGAAUCAGGCUUUAUUGAAGAAGUGACAGAUGAUUCCAGUUUUUUAGGUGGUGGUGGCAGCAGGAUAGACAAUAGCACAUCAACACAUUUUGCAGAGCUCUGGGACCAUUUGGACCACACAAUGUUUUUCCAAGAUUUUAGACCAUUUCUAAGUAGCAACCCACUGGACCAAGAUAAUAGAGCCAAUGAGAGGAUUCACCAAACUCACACUGACUUCUGGGGACCAAGUCGGCCUCCACGGCUGCCAAUGACUCGAAGAUACAGAUCUCGAGGAAGUACUCGUCCUGAUAGAUCCCCAGCUAUUGAAGGAAUAAUACAACAGAUCUUUGCAGGAUUCUUUGCAAAUUCUACAAUCUCUGGAUCCCCACACCCUUUUGCCUGGAGCGGGAUGCUGCACUCCAACCCUGGGGACUAUGCCUGGGGUCAGACAGGGCUUGAUGCCAUUGUAACCCAGCUUUUAGGACAACUGGAAAACACAGGGCCUCCCCCAGCUGACAAGGAAAAGAUCACAUCUCUUCCAACAGUGACAGUAACUCAGGAACAAGUUGAUAUGGGUUUAGAAUGUCCAGUAUGCAAAGAAGAUUACACAGUUGAAGAGGAAGUCCGGCAGUUACCCUGCAACCACCUCUUUCACAGCAGUUGUAUUGUGCCAUGGUUAGAACUGCAUGACACAUGUCCUGUAUGUAGGAAGAGCUUAAAUGGUGAGGACUCUACUCAGCAAAUCCAGAGCUCUGAGGCCUCUGCAAGCAACAGAUAUAGCAGUGAUAACCAGCUACAUGACCGAUGGACUUUCUGAAGCUAAAGACCACAUCUGAGCCAGAGCUAUGGUAGUCUUCCUACCACAGUGUAAAUUGUAUCAAAACAAAAAAUAGUAGGUGGAUUUAGGAAUUGCCUAAGAAACCCCAACCCAUAAUAUUAAUGCCUUCACUGUUUUUUCUUCUCUAAAUUUAGUUAGUAUCUACAACCACAUGUCUCUUAUUCCUAAAUUCAGAAUGAUAAUUUUAUAAGCGUGAAAGUUAAUUGUGUUGGUCCCCUGCCAGAGUAGAAUCAGUUCCUUGAAGUCUAGCUAGGGUCCUGCUAUCUGUCAUGUUACCUUGUAAUGGAUGUUUCCACUUCCUUGUCCAACCUGCACCCUACCAUUAGUAUAUUUUACAGUAAAUACAAUGGAACCAGAGCCCUAAAGUCCUUCUUUUUAAUUGUACAAAAACAUCUAUUCUCGGCCACAUUAGCCAUGAAGUGAGGGCAGAAUAAUGCAGGAAUCUGAGGCUAAUGAUUUUGUUUUGUUUUGAAUCCUCAGAAAAUCAAAGAAAAAUUAUAGUGGGAAGGAGAAAGUGGCUUAUGAUUAUACUCUUUGGUCUUCUCAUUUUAAUUUUUAAAGACUACUUCACAAGAUGCAGUUUCUGCAGAAACCAACAUGACAUGUCUCAGGAGUCUUAUGUUGGUGGCAGUCUGAUUCUGGUUCCUUUUUGGGAGUGAGCUGGGCAGCAGACAGGUACAGAAGGACAGAUAUUUGAAGUCACUGGUUUUGUGGUCUUUUAAUGACCCCCAACUCAUUUUUUACUGUCUUUUGUCCUGGAGACCUUAAAAUAAUUUCCCUCACAGAAAUAGAAAUACUUCAUUACAGCUUCUACAGCCAAUUCACUGUGUUUAGUAAUUCAUUGGUCUUCAGGAAUUAAGAUUUCACAUUUUCUCAAUUUUUCAAGAUCUUUUACAUCUCUGAAACUUUUCUGUUCUGCUUGGUUCUGGCUGUAUUUGGAAUCAAAUUGACUAUGAUGAUCAUGACCUAGGAGAAGGAGGCCUUAUCUCUUCAUUCUAAAAGUGUCCCAUGCACAUGUACAUACUCUUUGGCGCAUUUAAAUGUUUAAAGUUGAAUAAAUGAAGAAGAUCAAGAAUGUUGCUGGAACUUUUAAAGUCUCAAAAGGCAAUGAUGGGGACAUGUAACUACUGUUGGUGUACCAAUAAGGUUGACAGAAUGUUACCUUUUGUAUGGUCAUAUUAACCCUUCAUAGUUUGGAUCAGAGCAAGAGGGCCAUUCUUGGAUGAGUCUCUCUUAUGGCUAGGAGUCUUUCCUCAGUUUUGUUGACUAUCAUACACUGGUUUUGGGGUUGAGGUAUGGAGGUUAGGGAUACCAGUAUACUUGGUAGAGGAUAAAGAAAUACAGUGGGGAGAAGGUUGGAGAGUUGCUUGCUGAAUUAGUAGCCUACCUCUAAAAGUUGUGACUGUAAGGUAUGAUUCAGGUUGGGCCCAGAGGAAUUAAAAGACAUUUUCUCAUACUUCCCUCAUAUUAUACCUCUUUGGAGAUUGUUUCUUUGGAGAAUGUGAGCUAUUUGCUAUAGCUAUUGAAAUGUAGCCCCAAAAUACAUAGGUUUUGAAUGGGAGGAUGAAGAGGUUAUGGGUAGGUAAGAGGUAUAUUAUGAAUAUUUAAUUGACCAAUACUUAGAUGGAGUAAGACUAUGCUGCAGUUGGAGCACAUUGCAGUAUUCAAGUACAACGGUAUCAGAAAAAUUAUGAUAGCUGGAAAUUUUUGUCUUCCUGUUAGUUGCUUGCACCUGGAGAUGCCAGUAUAGGCAGUUGUAUUUUACUUACAGCUAUUGAACUAGAAAGGAUCCGAGUAACUUCACAAAGGGAUGGAAACAAAGUACUGGAUAGGGAUUUACCUUUUCAAUACACAGAGUAACAAAUAGCAUCAGUCUAAGUUAUCUGAAAUUUCUUCACUUUUUUUUGCUCUGAUAAGAGGAUAUGAGACUCAUUUUCUAUACGUGGACCCCUCCCACUUAAUGAAUCUGUAGUGUCUGUUCCUAGAUAGGAGGCAUCUUAAACUUUCAGGUUAAGUUAGGUUAAGGAGUGUGUUAGUCACAGUUCUCCAGAGAAACAGUUUUCCCAAUAAGGGCCAUGUGUGUGUCUGUGUAUAAAGAGAUGUAUUAUAAGUAAUAGGCUUGCAUGUCCCAAGAUUUGAUAGCACAGUUCCAGUCUAAUUCCAAAGGUCUGAGAACUUGGGAGAGCCAAUGGUAUAAGUUCCAAUCUAAAAACUGGAAGGCUUGAGAUUCAAGAAAAACUGAUGUUUCAGUUCAAAUUCAAAUUUUCCCCUUGCUAAAAGGAGUGUCAGUCUUUUUGUAUUUUCAGGCCUUCAACUGAUUGGAUGAGGCUCACUCACAUUAGGCAGGACAAUCUUCUGUACUUAGUCUACCAAUUCAGAUGUUAAUCUUACCAGAAAUGCCAACACACCCAGAAUGUUUAACCAGAUAUCUGAGCACCCCCUGGCUCUGUUAAGUUGGCGUACACAAAAUUUGCCAUGACAAGGAGGAAGAAUUGAUGCACACAGCAGAAUGGUCCUCAUCCCACUUAAGUUUUGCUAAGUAAACAAUGUGUGUGAGAAAAAUAUCUGCCUUGGUUAGAUACCUCAGUAUUAAGUAGGUUAAACAGUGGAAGAAAUGUGAAUGGGAUGAGGACCAGUUUGUUGUGUGCUUAUCUGUUUUCUUCUUAAUGUAUAUUAACCUGGAAGUCUGAGAAGCCUUCCUUUCUAAGGAACAAACAUUGCAGAUUCAUUGCUUUAGCACUAGAACAUGGCUGGGGUCAAGAGUUUAUUUCUAGGAAUGACUUGAAAGACUCUUUCUUUAUAAUGUUUUAAUCUGUAAGAAGAAGGAAUUGCUCUAGGUGGAGGAUGUGGGAAUGGCUGUAAAUUAAAUAGCUUCUUCAGCUUAUUAAAAAUUUUGUUAACAUUUGCUUGAGCAGGUGUUUAGAUGUUUUCCUUGAGCAGUACUCUCUCUGGUCCAAUAAUUCUCAAGUUAGAAGAUUUUGGGGGAAUGAUUUAUUUUUUCCCAACAAGUCUCACUUUGAUUAAAUAGUUAUUAGGAGAAAAAUUCUUUGUUUAUGUCACUGUAUUACACACUUGUGUGUGUGGUGCACAUAUGCAUGUGUGCACUUAUAUUCAUAAGUACACACCUAUAUGCACAUUUCAUAGUAGAGGAAGAAAGGAUAGAGGAGGGCACUGCGGUAGAGUUAACAAGGUUGCAGUGGAAGACUGGAGCCUCACAGUCUGAUUCUCACUGCAUACCUCAGGCCCGUGUAUUUCCACAGCUCUUUGGUAGAGGGCACUGUCGGCUUGGGCAGGUCCCCUGUUAUAUGGUGUGUGUGGCAAAGGGAUUCACUGGAGGUAGAAGCCUAGUCGUUUCUGAAGGUUGAGAAAAAGUGGAUUUGAGGAAAGGGUGUUCAUCAUCCAUUGUUUCUGUAUUAUAAUUAGUUGAACUCAAACACAGUUGUCUCUUUAAAAAUUUUUGUCUUGAUAAAUUAUUGAUACCAAAUUGAUUUUUCUCAUGACCUCCUGCAUGCUUCCAGUUUCUUUCUCUCUUGUGUCCAAGUACUAUUUCUUCAAGGAAUACAAAUUAAGUCUAUCAGUCUUAACAAAAACUAAUCAAGAGGGAAUCAUAGUUAGUGUCUGUUUUAAACAGCAACAAAAAACAGCCUCUGGAGUUUGGGGAGGUGAAGGGCACUGCGGAGUUGGAUCUAGGCAGGCCACAAACAUCUGUGAAGGAAAGACAGAUUUUAGGAGGAGGAUGAGCAGAGCUGGUGAAUAGAGAGUUGGAUAUUAGGGAAAAACCCUUUUUGGCCCAUGUGGUAUAGAGGUGGGAUUAUAAGAGUGCUGUUUGCAAGAAUAAACCAAUGAUGAUUUGGGAGUUUGGGGUGACUAGCAGGAGAGAGUACUCUUAUUGAGAGUUUUGAAAAUUAAUUUCACGUCAGAUCUGAUGCAGGAAAUCUGGAAAGAUUUGGUGGGGUGAACAUACCAGAAAUAGCUAUCCUGAAGGGAAAUUGUACCUUGCUGUAAUGUCAAUGUUUUAGCACUUAGGCUGGAAACCACAGGGCUGCCCCAAGGGUUUAAAAUGGAAUGCAUAGAAUACAAUGUUUACAACUGGAUAUUUUCCAGGAUCAAAAUAGAGCCCUUGUCUUAUCCAAAAUACAUUAUGAGUUUUGAUCUCUCAUACCUGGCGGAUAAGUGGGAUUAUAGGCAUUUGACUCUCAAGAUUUUAUACAUAUAAACUUUGUUUUGCUGAAUUACACUUAGAUGCUGUCCACAGAAGCAGUCUGUUGCCUUUCCUCUUUCAGCUGGAACACUUAGAUCUAUCUGUGAGUCGUGGGAUAUAAGCUUGUGGUUCUUUACCUUUUCUAAUAAGGUGUAGCAGUUUUAAGGUCCAAAAAUUAUCCCCCCCUCCGAAGAUGAGUUUUAUUUUUAGUAUCUUUUGAUGAAAAAAAAAA